UUUUAGUUCCAUUUACAUUCGAGUCUAGAGAAAAAAAAUGGAAAUUGAAAACCUGACCGGUAUUAUUAAGUCUGUGAGGUUUCACUAUUUUAUAGCAUCUUCAAGACAUGAGCACUUUAUGAAAUAGUGACACCUCCAUAAAUGGAAGGUGGGGAACGUAAAUUUGGCUUGAUUAAUGGUAAAGCCGUUUCUUAAGCCAAGAAAUGACCGACUGUAGGAACUCAUUUUUUGGAGACUUCAUGCGAAAGAAUUGAUUUAGAUUGGGAAAUGGCUUACCAUUGUAGUUUCUCUUAAGAUGAAUAUAUCCGUAUACUCCCCCCGUCCCAAAUUAUUGUUCUCUUUUCGGUAUUCAUGCUCUUAGAUCAGGUUAACAAAUAAUGUCUCUACCUAAAAUGAAAUUCAUAACCUAUCUGUGUAACUCAAUUAGUUGUUUCCAAAGUAGUUUUUAAAAUUAUUUAAACUAGAAUAAAGCAUAAACUAUGGAUGGUUUUUUCAAAUGUCUUAAAUAGUGUGAAAUCAACAGAUUGUUAGAUUGGGACCAAGGGAGUAAAUACUUUGGGUACACCAUCUUCGGGUUAUACUAUUUUUUGAGACUGUCUUUGCGUAACACGCACACGCAUGGUAUUUGUAUUGAUUCUAUUGAAGUAAGAAAUAUUACUUAGGGUUAGCAAGUUGUGUAGAGGUUUUUUCAAUAGCUAUCUGAGACUGAGGCAGUGAGGUUAUCUUGUUUAUUUGUUCUAUUGUACCUAUUAGGGAAGAGAAGGGUGACAAUUCAGGAUUUCAGAGGGAAAACUUUGGUGUCAAUCAGGGAGUAUUAUAGUAAAGAUGGCAAAGACCUUCCUUCUACAUAAGUCACAUGCGGAUUUCAAUGAAGACCAAGUCAAUGCUUUUCUUUGUGAUGUUAUGACUCAUGAUCUCUAUGAUACAAUGAUGCCUUCUUCUAUUAAUGUUGUUACCUUUUUGUCCAAGGAAGAUGCACUUGAUACUACAGAAUGUCAAGAAAGUAUCAAAGCCAGAUGGUCACAUUCUUUUACUAGAUUAUGCAAUAGAAGAUUAUGCUCAAGUGUCCAAAAUCUAUACCUAUUACAGCUUAUUAAUACUUGUUUCCCGCACUUUUCCUGCACACUACUAGAGAGUAGAGAGUGAUAGAAUUGUUGUACUCACAAAUUCUUUUCCACUACUACACGUAAUUGUCGUUCUUCAGCUGGUAGCAACUUGGGGCUAUUUAACCGCUAGAUUGAUGUAAAAGAUUUAAUUUUUUCUAGUCUAGUUGUGAACCAUGUCAGUGAUUUGUCCCAUUUGCUGUCUUUUGAAUAUUACUAGAGAUAUGUCUACUAUCUGAAGCAGUUAUGUUUGCAUAUCUUUUUAAAGCGCAGAUUUUCAUGAUUAAGAUUGGUAUCUCUCUCUGGUUGGAAACUUCUACAAAACUUUUUAUCUCCAAGUGUUGAACCAUCUAAAGGGCAUGUUAGUAGUUGCCUUAAUCUAUGUUAGCUCUUUGAUAUGUCGAAUUAUCAAUUUCAGCUUUGAACAAGUGUCCUUCAAUUUCCUCUGCUUCUGUC